AUGGACGGUAAAGCGAACGACGUAUCGGCCGGGCUGGGCCGGCUAAGAAUCGAUAUCGACACAGAGGAUCGAAAGCCCGCCCCUCGCGCCCCAGUCGCAGUGGGGGCAACCCCCGCGUCCGUGACCAUCACCGUCACCGAACUCCAGACCGUGACCCCGCCCUUGUCGCCAGCGACCGAGACUGCCGCCUUUGACGGGACUGGCCGGCCGCGGCCGAGCCCACCCCAAACUGCCACCCCCGGCACGUUUCCGUUCUUUCCGCUGCUGCCGGCCGAGCUGCGCCUGGCCAUCUGGCACCUCUCCUUCCUACCGCGCGCCAUCGAGCUGCACACGCGGCGCACGCAUUACGCCGACGACGAUCGCCACGGCGGCACCCCCAAGUGGCAGUCGCAAUCGCGUAACCCCGCCGCUCUGGCCGUCAGCGCCGAGGCCCGCGCCGCUGCCCUCGAAUUCUACACCGUCGCCCUGCCCUUGGCUGCUCCGCUGGCUCGCAACCAGACGUUCGAGCUCCCCGGAGACCAGCUUCAGGACAGCGACCGCGUGCUGUAUCUGAACCUGGCGCAGGACACGGUCGUCCUGCUGGGUGACCUGCACUACGCGCGCCUCGUGAGGCUGCUAGCCUGGUUCCGCGACGAAGACGGGAGAAACCACGGCAACAGGGCGCCGCGGUGCGGCGGUGGCGGCGGCGGCGGCGGGCGUGGCAAAGGGCUGAGACACCUGGCCAUGAGCGUUGCGCCGUGGGGGCACCUGGUUGGCGCGGCGACGCUCAAGGUCUAUGCCCGCACCGCCUUCGCCGACAUUGAGGAGUUUGUCCUUUUCAUGUACAAUGAGCGGAUGCCGCCCGCUGACUGGGCGGGUGGCCGUUGCAUGCUCGUUGGCGCCUCUGCCGAUGCCGACCACUACCGCCGGUUCGUCAUGGGCAGGGGCAAGCAGUUUCGUGAGGGUGACGGCUGGAUGGUCGUGGGCAAGCGAUCCAUGAAGGUGGUGGAUAUUUGGUUUGCCGAUGGCUGGUGA